AUUGCUAUUGCUAUUGCUACGAGGCUCUGCGAUAAGGCAAGUUUGACUCUUCUUGCAAACGGCGCACACUGGAUGAGAAACUCCUAAGAACACAUUUGCUCAGAUAUGGCACCAGCACUAGUGAUAGAGGAUUAUUACAUGGUCCUUGAAGUGGAGCAAACGGCUUCGCUCGAGCUAGUCAUCAAAUCAUACAAACGACUAGCACUCAAGCUCCACCCAGAUCGGAAUACCAAGCACGAUGCUACUAAGGCCUUUCAACUGCUCGGAGAGGCCUUCGAGACAUUAAAAGAUGAAAACAAACGCCGGGAGUACGACUUAAAGUACCCCACCAUAAGACGAAGUGGACCCUCUUCUCAAACUACACAAACACCUGCUUCGACCCCGCGGACAGGAGCACUUAGUGAAGACGAACAAAUCGCCGCACUUCUAAAGUCGAAGCAAGAACGUAGUGCACGAUGGCGGACCGAGAAAAAUGUCUUCGACUCCUCGAUCUUUGAGUUACGCAGAGAGGUUCGCCGGUUGGAGCAAGAAAUCAAAAAUUUGGAUAGUAUUGUAGCUGCUGAGGCAGCGGCAGAGGCACGGAAGAAUAGCUGGGGAACGUGGUUAUUAUCACCAAUAUACAGGAAGGCAGAAGACACUGAGGAUGAGAAAGAACGCAAGGGUAUUGAGAGACAGGAGAGGAAACUUGAGAAAGAUUGGAAAGAGAGGGUACUAGGGGUAAGGAAGGCAGAAUUGAAGAAAGAGGAAAGCCAGUUACGAAAUGCGAAAGAGAAGGUGGAUGCUGCGGAUCUAGCCGAUAAUAGGGGGAUACAAGCGACUCAAUAUAGAAUAUGGCAUAGAGAACAGAUGGAGAGGCAAGAGCUUGCCAGGAUCGAGAGAGAGAGAGCAGCAAUGAUUCGGAAACAACAGCAGGAGGAGUGGGAGAGAAAGACGCGGGAAGCAGAUGAGGCGUGGAGAAAACGACAGGCAGCAGAGCAGAAACGACAAGAUGAACAGACUAGGAUGUGGCAGAAGACUGCCGAUGAUGAAGCUAAAGAAUUCCGGGAACGAUAUGCAAAUGUCAAUCUCCCUAGCUACUCUUUUGCAACAGAGGGAAGCACUUACGGGGCUUCUACAUCAACCUGCCUCCACGACGGCUGGUGGCCAAAAAUACAAGGACGUACGGCGUGCCCGAAGUGCUAUGUGAGUUGGAGUUAUCUACUCCAGUGCCCGGGCUGUACGAUGCAGGCGUGCCCGAAAUGUCAAGCGUCGAUACGGCCGAGGAUACAACGUAAUGCGAAUCGAAGAGCCCCUUUAAGGGCUUCGAGCCCGGAUUAUUUUUAUAAUGACUGGUAAGUUGGGGUCGUGAAAGGAAAUCUAAUGAUAAAAUUGGUUGGUUUGGGUUUCGGCAUCAUUUAGGGGAACAUGCUCUUAUAUAUUAGAAUUUACAAUUCUAAGUUAGUGUCAUCGAAAUAAAACAUCUAAUUUGUC